AUGGCUGCUGGAGUGUUCACCUUGCUCAGCUAGUCCCACCUUGCUGAUCAUAUGGCUGCUGGAGAGGGAGUUCCUCAGAGCCCUUUGGCUGAGAUCAGACAGCAGCUUAGUGAGCCUGAGCAGAGCCAGGGCUGCAAGCCAGUGCUGCUUGAGAAAAUGAGUCACCUGGGCUCUGAGGCUGCCUUAGGCAGGGGUAGCCGAGAGGUGGCCUGUGCUGAGCUGGUUGUGUCAACAGUACCCAGCAAACCCAGACCUGGCAAGCCACUGGUCCAGAAAGUGUGCACUGAGCAGAGGCAGAGCGCCUUCACAGAACUGCCACAGCUCCAGGUGAGGCUGGGUGGUGGCCAGGCCCAGGACAGGGAGUACAAGGACAUUGAAAGCCAGCUUGGUCCCCAGAAGCUGGCCCCAGACAUCCCCAGGGCCCUGACCAGCAGCACAGUCUGCUCUGUGGGGCCUGACACAACCCGAAGUGAGCAGAGAAGCGCCUUCAGCAAACCAACAAAGCGCUUGACAGACAGGCCUGGCUGCUUCCCCAUCUUCCCAACAGGUGAAACUGGAGAUGUCCUGGGGGAACUGUCAGGUCUCCUCACUGCUGCAGACAUCCCAUGCUGGAGUCGACUGUCAAGUUCUAAGCUUGUGAGUGAUUUCUGGAACUUGCAAAUGCUGUCACAGAACUCUCUGCUCUGCACUGCUUUCCAAGGGGCCCUGAUGCCAUGGCCGGAGCACAACCAGGCCCGGGUAUCUGCACCCUUGGUACCCUCUGCCACAACUUCACAGGCCCUUCUGCCACCUACACUCUCCACUCUGGGCCUGUCUACCCAGAACUGGUGUGCCAAAUGCAGCCUGGCCUUUCACCUGACAGCUGACCUGGUCUUCCACAUGCGGUCUCACCACCAAAGGGAACAUGCAGGGCCUGACCCGCAUUCUAAGAAGCGUAGGGAGGAGGCCCUCACCUGCCCCGUUUGCCAUGAGUACUUCCGGGAGCGCCACCAUCUCUCUAGACACAUGACUUCUCACAGCUAG